AUGUCACCAAGGUAUCACGAACUGAAAGGCGAAGACAACAAUCUUUGCUGCAAAAUCGCGAACACCGGCUUCUUCACCUACGUCGGAUGGUCCUACACCAAGAUGGAUCGUAAUUUUUCCCUCUGUGAAUCAGAGAUCCGCCCAGUGGACCUGCACGCCUAUUCACAGAAGAGCCCAGUCGUCCACAAGAGUGGCUUUAACUUCAGGAUUGAGGACAUCACCGGUGGCAAAAACUACAACAGCGCGGCGGUCGAUGUUUUUGAUGUGCGCCAGUUUGUGGAGUACAAUCACAAAGCCGGUCGCUUUGACAAGCUGCGAUGCUGCAAGACCCUCUUUCAGGAGGAGCGGGAGGGAGUAUGUGGUGAACCCCAAGCCCUAAACAAAGAAUCCUGCCCACACUCUGCCAUGUAG